CUCCGACAUUCCUCCCAUCGAUUACUUCCUGCCGUGUCCAGGCCUGCGGAAGAAUCCGUCUGGGACACAUCAGCCCGUGACCCGAACCCGAUCGGCUCAAAUCCAUCCGCACGGCUAUCCAUCUUCUCCUGGGUCCAGUCCUCCACCUUGUCAUCCUCCUCUGGAUCAACAGGCUCUUCUGCACCAUUCGUUCCACAGAGAACUCCAUGGACCAAUCAUCAUGAGACUCUCCCUGCUCCUCCCCCUCCUACAGUCCCCACCCCUUCCUGGGCUCAGCCGCCGCUGUCUGUCAGCGCUCUCGUCCAAUGGCAGCGCUGCAUCGUCGCUCAGACGCCUCAGCACAGACCCCGGCCCCGCCCCCCAGCCUGUGAUUGGCCAGGACUCAGUGGAGGUGUUGGGCCAGUCCCACCCCCGUGAUGACUUCACCAAUGUGACACCAAAGAUCUUGGCCACGGUCGGCCGCAACCUCCACAACCAACCCCAUCAUCCCCUGUGGCUGAUCAAGGAGCGAAUCAAAGCCCACUUCUACAG